GAAGUCGAGUUCAGAGAGACUGCACAGAGUUCACAACUACUUCCUGUGUGCCGUGUACUGAAGGAACUCAUAAUGAGAAAUCUAACGGACUAAAACACUGUAAACCCUGUUCUUCAUGUUAUUCAGGUUCUGGUCUGAAAGUGAAGCUGGAGUGCACUCUGACUUCAGACUCGGUCUGUGAACCUCAGGACGGGUUCUUCUGCCUGGACUGGUCCUCAAAGAGCUGUGGAGCAGCACAGAAACACAGCAGCUGUAAAGGAGGACAGUACAUCAGCCAGAGAGGAACAGCCUCCACAGACACUGAGUGCUCUGACUGCAGCACAGGAACAUUUUCAGAUGGAACAGGAACGUCCUGUCAGCCACACACACAAUGUGAAGCAGAAAACCUGCAGCUGAUAGAAGCAGGAACCUCUUCAGCUGAUGCUCGAUGUGGAGAACAACGUCAGAACGUAUUAGGAAUAGUGAUCGGGGUUUUAGUUCCUGUUGUUGUUUUAAUAGUUAUAGUUGUUUUAUGGGUCUACAGAAAUAAAAUAAAAUGUUUGAAAAAAAGGAAAAGAGCAGAGUCAGAGAACAACACAGUUAUGAAUCUACUGUAGUUCCCAGAAACAUCAUCAGAUUUAUAUCGACAGUGUGCUCAGAGAAUGUCUCAGACAAGAGAGCAGAUGAUGUGAUGCUGGAGGACAGAGCAUCAUGGGAGGACAACCCCCUGCAUGGGAUGUACCACCGGACAAUAACUGAAGUGGCUGAUAUCAAGAAGUCCUACCAAUGGCUAGAGAGGGCUGGUCUGCAGGACAGAAGCUCUGAUCCUGGCAGCACAGGAACAAGCCCUGAACACCAGAGAGAGGCUCAGAUCUACCUCACCAGACAAGACCCGAGCUGUAGGCUGUGCAAAGAGGAUGCAGGGUGGAAGAUGCUGGCUGGGAAAGCAAACAUGGAGCCCCACAACCAAGAGGCUGGAAUAAUGUACAGAAACAUGUGUACAGAAUAUGGACUGGAAACCCCAAAGUCAAAAUGGGAAACACCGCAGGAAGUGGUAGAGAAUGAGAGAGCAAAGAUCCUGAUGGACUUCCAGAUC